GCUGCGUCGUUUGUCCUCCGACUCCGGGAAGAUUCUUUCUCCUCGGGUUUGGUUUACGAGUUUUUGAAGUGUCUUCGGGCCACAGCCGAGUAGGCGGUGCGGCGGAUCUGCUGUGGGCUAGGAAUGCGGUGCGCGAACCCAGCUGCCGUGUUAGCCUUCUGCGCCGGGUUGUGGGUAUCGAACUCGGCUCUGGCGCAGGGCCCCCAAUCUGCGGGGCGGCCGGGGGCUGGUUGUGAAGUGUGCACGGAAUUCUUGAGCAGAUUCUACAACUCCUUGAUAGCCAGAGGAGUUACUUUUUCCCUGGACACCAUAGAAAAAGAGUUGAUCAACUUUUGCUUAGAUGCCAAAGGAAAAGAAAACCGCUUGUGCUAUUAUCUAGGAGCUACAAAAGAUGCAGCCACCAAAAUCCUAAGUGAAGUCACUCGCCCCAUGAGUGUGCACGUACCAGUCAUGAAGAUUUGCGAGAAGCUGAAGAAGAUGGACAGCCAGAUCUGUGAGCUGAAAUAUGAAAAGCAACUGGACUUGGCUGCAGUGGAUCUUUGGAAGAUGAGAGUAGCAGAGCUGAAACAGAUCCUGAACGGCUGGGGGGAAGAAUGCAGGGCGUGUGCGGAGAAAACUGACUACGUGAACCUGAUCAAAGAACUGACCCCCAAAUAUGCAGCAAGGCAUCCCCAAACAGAUCUAUGACUUGGCUGCUGG